AUGAUCUCCACUAGGCUCGCCCGCCUGGGUGCGCUGAGCGCCAAGUCCCGAGCUCUGCUCGGGUCGCGCAGCCUGGCCACCGUUGUCGAUUCUCCUCUCGACAAGAAGGUCGAGAUGAACAACUGGGAGAAGGGCAACUACAUCAAUUACAAGUAUGGAUCUCGGAUUGGCGUGAACUUGCCGUCUUGGGUGUUGGCUUCAAUGAAGAUGUCCGAGAACCUUGAAAUUGUUCGCCGUCGUCUGAACCGCCCUCUGACGUACGCGGAGAAAGUCUUGUACUCUCACCUCGACGACCCCCAUGGCCAGGAGAUCGAGCGUGGCAAGUCUUACCUGAAGCUGCGCCCGGACCGUGUGGCUUGCCAGGAUGCCACCGCCCAGAUGGCCAUUUUGCAGUUCAUGUCGGCGGGAAUGCCCUCCGUGGCUACUCCUACCACCGUCCACUGUGACCACUUGAUUGAGGCUCAAGUGGGUGGUAACAAGGAUCUUGCUCGUGCCAAUGAGAUCAACAAGGAAGUGUACGACUUCCUCUCUUCGGCCUCUGCCAAGUACAACAUUGGUUUCUGGAAGCCCGGCUCCGGUAUUAUUCACCAGAUUGUUCUGGAGAACUAUGCCUUCCCUGGUGGUUUGAUGAUCGGUACCGACUCUCACACUCCCAAUGCCGGUGGUCUGGGUAUGGCUGCCAUUGGUGUUGGUGGUGCUGAUGCUGUCGACGUCAUGGCCGGUCUUCCAUGGGAACUGAAGGCGCCCAAGAUCAUUGGUGUGAAACUCACUGGUCAAAUGUCCGGCUGGACGGCGCCCAAGGAUGUCAUCCUCAAGGUUGCUGGUCUGCUUACUGUCAAGGGUGGUACUGGUGCGAUCGUUGAAUACCACGGUCCGGGUGUUCAGUCGCUGUCUUGCACUGGUAUGGGCACGAUUUGCAACAUGGGUGCUGAGAUUGGUGCUACCACGUCUAUCUUCCCCUUCAACGACCGCAUGUACGACUACUUGAAGGCCACGAAGCGCCAGCGUAUCGGUGAUUUCGCCAGGGAAUAUGCUGCGGAGCUCCGGGAAGAUGAGGGUGCUGAGUACGACCAGCUGAUUGAGAUCAACCUGUCGGAGCUUGAGCCUCACAUUAACGGUCCCUUCACUCCUGACUUGGCCACCCCCAUCUCCAAGUUCAAGGAAGCUGUCGAGGCCAACAAGUGGCCGGAGGAACUCAAAGUCGGUCUGAUCGGUUCUUGCACCAACUCUUCUUAUGAAGACAUGUCCCGCGCUGCUUCUAUUGCUCGUGAUGCUUUGAACCACGGUCUUAAGGCCAAGUCCUUGUUCACUAUUACGCCUGGUUCCGAGCAGAUUCGCGCUACCAUCGAGCGUGAUGGCCAGCUGAAGACUCUGGAGGAGUUCGGAGGUGUCAUUCUUGCCAACGCUUGUGGUCCUUGCAUUGGACAGUGGGAUCGUAAGGAUGUGAAGAAGGGCGAGCCUAACUCCAUCAUCUCGUCCUACAACCGUAACUUCACCGGCCGGAACGAUGCCAACCCUGCGACCCACGCCUUCGUCACCUCCCCCGACCUUGUCGUUGCUAUGACCAUUGCCGGAACUCUCAAGUUCAACCCGCUUACCGACAAGCUGAAGGACAAGGAUGGUAACGAGUUCCUUCUCUCUCCUCCCAGCGGCGAUGGUCUCCCGGCCAAUGGAUACGACCCUGGCCGCGACACGUACCAGGCCCCUCCUGAAGACAGGGAAUCUGUCACCGUUGCUGUCUCUCCCACCAGCGACCGUCUCCAGGUACUUAAGCCUUUCGAGCCUUGGGAUGGAAAGGAUGCUAUUGGCAUCCCCAUCCUGAUCAAGGCCCAGGGCAAGACCACCACUGACCACAUCUCAAUGGCUGGCCCAUGGCUGAAGUACCGUGGCCACCUUGACAACAUCUCCAACAACAUGCUGAUCGGUGCCAUCAACGCUGAGAACGGCGAGGCCAACAAGGUGAAGAACAUCAUCACCGGCGAGUACGGCCCGGUCCCGGCUACUGCCCGUGACUACAAGGCUCGUGGAAUCAAGUGGGUCGUCAUUGGUGACUGGAACUACGGUGAGGGAAGCUCCCGUGAGCACGCUGCUCUGGAGCCAAGACACCUCGGUGGUCUCGCCAUCAUCACUCGCAGCUUUGCCCGUAUUCACGAAACCAACCUCAAGAAGCAAGGAAUGCUUCCUCUCACCUUCGUUGACCCUGCCGACUACGACCGCAUCCCACCGGACGCCACCGUGGAUCUGUUCACCACCGAGCUUGCUGUUGGCCAGCCCAUCACCCUCCGUGUCCACCCCAAGAACGGUGAGGCCUUCGAUGUCAAGCUCACCCACACCUUCAACGAGUCCCAGAUCGAGUGGUUCAAGGAUGGAUCUGCCCUGAACACCAUGGCCAAGCGGUUUAAGUCUGCUUAA